AUGGCUACUGUUGUCGAAAGCGUGCUCCUGGCAGCAGCGGAAGAAGAGAAAAAAUAUAAAAGUAUUGAAGUUAAAAAAGCCAUUCCUCUAGAGAUUGAUCCUGGAAAUCUUCUCGCUUUCGACACAACUCCUUUGGAAGUAAGAUCUUUCAGACAAAAUAAAAAGACCUUUCUUGAUUCCCUUGCCAGAGACAAUACUCAACUACUCAUCAAUGACAUAUGGAAGUUACCUGUUGAAAGAGUAGAGGAUGUCAUAGUUGCAAAAUUACCCCCACCAACAUAUCGAGUGCCUAGAGAAAAAUCGAUACCAAGAGCAAGACCUCCAACAAAAUGGCAGGAAUAUGCCAGACUAAAAGGAAUUCAAAACAGGAAAAAAAGCAGAAAGGUGUGGGAUGAUGAACAAAAGAAAUGGAUACCAAGCUGGGGAUAUCAAAGUAAAAAUGAUCUGAAGAAAGACUGGCUUUUGGAAGUACCUACAAAUAUUG